AUGAAAAAGAAACGAGAUAAGGACAAGCCCACCUUUGAAUGUAUUGAAAUGAGUGACAUAAAAAGGCUGCACCAAACAGAAGAAAAGGAAAAUUCAGAUGAAGACAAAAUAAGCCUCGACGACCUCAGUGUGUGUUCUCCUAGCAAGUUACACAAACAGUCCCCCUUCACAGAGGACGAUGAGGCAGAAGAACACGAAAAGCUCAUUGACUCCAAGUUGUAUGAAAGUAUGAAUAACCUAACUAGCAACAUGCACAAGAAGGACACACACUGGUUUGAUGGUGUCGAUGAUGAGAGUGAUGAGGGGGACGGUCCUGAGGGGGACGAAAAGGGAAGCUCUGCUCAAUUAGCAGAAAAUUUUCCUAACCUGCUCUUAAUGGGGGGUAACGGGCAGGGACCACAAGGCGUUCGCGAUGGCGGCAGCCACAACAGCAAUGAGGAGCAGUGUGACGACGCGUGUGAUGACUUACGUGAUGACCUGCUUGACGACGCGCGUGACGACUUGCGAGGUGACGUGCCUGACGACCCCAUCAGAAGCGUCCACAGCGACCGCCUAGCCAAUUCCAAUCACAGCGAAAAACAACCACCACCGUCAAAUGACCUGAACUGUUCAGGCGAAAGUGAAAAAAACAAAAAUCCGUUUGACCAUACUACCCACACGGGUGGAAGGACGAACCCCCUUAUUGGCAGUGAAGUGGGGACGGAUAACCCAUUCGACAUUACACAAAGGGGAUACACACAAGUGAAUCAACAUACAAGACAGAGCGAAUUUGAAAAAUGGAAAAAAUAUGUGUCCGCUGAUGAGGAACGAGAGAAGGGACAGGUUGAUCUAACCUCCCUCAGGGAGACAAACGAACGUUUAGCACAAGAAGUGAGGGGGGAAGACAUGGAGGACACAGGGUACAAUCGUAAUGACCACAGUGGUGAUAAGGGUCAAGUGGGUGAACGGGGUGAACGGGAUAAUUAUAUGGACGACCGCGCCUCUGCCAUGAGACCCAAACAAGAACACACACACAGGAGUGACCCCCAACACAGUGAUUAUUCCAUGUGGGUAAAACAAGCGAGUCGUCAAGUGGAGGGAAAAACACGUGGCACGACAAGCAGACUCUACAAUGAACGCGUAGGUGAACGAGGCCUAUUUCACGAUCUUCCAUUGCUUCACUCCAGCAACGUAAACAGUGAUGAGGAGGAUAAUGCUCUGUUGCGUCAGUUAACCCAAGAUAGGUGGGAGGCCUCACGAGUCGCCACUUCCCAUGACCAGGUUACAAAUAAUCUUACAAAAAUCAUUAGUCGCAUAGAAGAGUCUGUGCAGCAGAAGAAAACCACAACACGGGGGCAGCAUGAUGAAGGGGGAGACGUCGACCGUUUCAGCGACGGGCGCAGUGACGGUCGCAGUGAACGAAGCGCACGCGAUGAGCGUCAUGACCGUGAUAAGGGCCACGACGCCUGGCUAGCAGAACAUAAUGAGCAGACCGGCACUGCUACCACCAUGAGUAACAACAUCACCAACCCCGCAGGUCCACCCAUUGAAAGGACCUGUACCGAGACGCACACGGUUAAGAGAAGCACCCCCCCCAAGUACACGCUUAGGAAGUACAGCUCACACAAUUACUCAAACGAAGUGAGAUCUCCGCCCAGGCCGGGAGACGGGGUACACAACGACAUGGAUGUUCCAUUGAGUAAAAAAUUUUUCACCAGCAGCCAUGUUAAUUGGCAAAACGUAAAUGAGGAAGAAAAUGCAUAUAUGCACAUGUACGGUCGUCAGAGCAGACCGAACACGCAGCAUCAAAGGGGGGGUGCGCCCGAAGGAAGAAUGCAUGGUGAAAGGGGGAACAACCCCUACAGUCACGACACGCACCGACAUGCAUAUCGAGUCGGCGCGAACAGUUUUAAAGCACCGGGGAACGUCGAGGAUGCAGGCAUAAAUGAUGACCUGCCCAGCCGACCCAAGACGAGUUCCACUGCACCCAUAAACGAUAUACUCACAGAGAAGUACAAAUCGAGUGCCCUCAUCAACAUGAGGGAUGCGUCACCAGUUAGAAUGCGCAAAUUGGAACUGGUGGAAGAAAGACCCUUCAUGGACGACACCCACUUUCAAGUGAAACCUGUUAAGAUCAACGACGCCAAUAUGGAGAAAUGCUUCCAUGCCAUUGAAGACUUAUGUAACGCCGAGCAGGGGAAGAGGAAUAGGAGCCCCAUUAAUCUAGGUAACGUGUCUUCAUUCAGUGAGUACCUGACUCGUCCCUCUGGGGCCAGGGACUUUGAAGAGGGACGAAGGUGGAGUGAAUCACCUGAACGAAGGGACCAUCAAAAUUGGAGACACGUCGGUGAGGAAGACGCACCUGUACAGAAUGUGUCCAAGUCAUGUGACGUAAAUUUGUAUGAAAAUAAUUUUAAGUGUCUCUCGGAGGCCCCGCCGGAUCAACAUCCCUCUGAAGAUGUGUAUCGAUUUUUUUAUAAGCAAAAUGAGCUGUGGGACAGGACGAGAGAGGAGAGGAGUGGCCACGCAAGGGAUCGCCACGACCAGGGGGAAGAGGGCCCCUCCACCUCCACCCACGCGCGGGAUUAUUAUGCUUCUGCUCGUGAUUAUGCUUCGGCUCGUGAUUACGCAACCGCUCGUGAUGAUGCGGCCACUCGUGAUGACGCAGCCGCUCGCGAUGCUGCUAGCGGAAAAGUGAAGAGACGAAUAAUCGACUGCAAAAAUGAACGACUCAAGUGGGGAACCACACAAGUAAUAAUUGACAUAGACGACACGAUCCGAUCGAGUGGAGGAUACAAAUUUUUUAAUUAUGCUCUGGGAGGAGUGGAUGCUCAAUACCAAAGAGGAGAAACAUACCCAGGGUCCUUCCAAUUCAUUUUCGAGCUAGCUAUGAAUAAGCUAUCAGCAGAAGCGAAGCCCUUGUUGUUGUCUGUGCUUACGGCGAGAAUCCCCCAAGUACCUAUAACGGCCGAUUCAUUUUUGAAUAAAAAAUUCAAUGAGGUGGCCGAGAGGAGAGGAAUAAAAAGUUGGGGUAUCGAUUGUCAUAAUAAAAUUUUGUACUCCACGUUGAAGGAGUGGGUGUGGAAUGAAACAAGAGGAGAAAAAAAAUUUGUUAAUUUUAAACACCUCCACAAGUAUGUACUUCAGCAAAACUCACUUGUGAGGUACAUAUGGAUUGGGGACACUGGUGAUAUGGACAAACAGGCAGGAGAAAUGAUGAUUCGUACAUACCCACAAAGAAUGAAAGCUGUUUUUUUGCACCACGUAAAGGGAAAGGAUGAUAAUACAUUGCUUCCAAGUGAUUACUUUAUUAAGUCUGUUCCAGUUUUUUUCUUUCGCACAUACAUCGGUGCUGCUACGAAAGCACAUGCAUACAAUCUGAUUGACAAAAAGGGACUCACGAGGGUACUUGUGCAGGCUGUGCUUGACUUAGAAAAAAGCAAAGUCCCUGCCAGCUCCUCGAAAUGGGAAGAUCUUAUAAAAGAUAUUAUUUUGAGUGACGCCUUGGAUGAACUGGACAAGUACAACGCGGAGACAGUCAACCGGACCAAGAAAAUUAUCGCGCAGCGCAUGCGAGAAAUUUCAGAGAGGAAGCUGCACUUCAUCAGCUAG